AUGGAGGUGCUUUCCAUCAUCGGCUUCGUGGCUACGGCUACACCAUUGCUCGAACAGCUCGUGGCAAUGGCCGGAACCCUCAUGUCGACGAACAGGGAGGCCGGAUUUGAAAUGCAUGCCAUGUCCGACGAGCUGAAGUCUCUAAUUGGGGUGUUGGAAAGCCUUCAAAAGCAAGAAUUGCCAACCAACCAGAAGGAAGAUUUGAACUUGCUGCUCGCGAGGUGCGCCGGCGUUUUGGAUGACUUGAAAAAGCUCAAGGCGGAAUACUAUGGAAACUCGAUAGCGUGGAUGACCAAAGGAAAGGCAAAGAUUACCUCCCUUCGGAAGCGGUUGGAAAGCUGUACAAAUUCCGCGACCCUGCAACUUCAGGUACACAUGAUGAACAGUCACCCACACCAUUCUCACACUGAAGGAGAAGCCACAGAUACACCGGACGGGACGUAUGUCAGAGAUGUGUGUCCUAGCGACCAUAUCACUCACGCAUCGACCGCCAAGAACACCAUGGUAGGUAAUGGCGAGAAUGACACAGGGUCUGGAGUCAUCCGUACCGCGAGCUCGUCUGCCAGCCAUUCCAGCUGUCUACAGGAGGCGCUGUUUUUCCGCGAGGUGAAGUCAAUCGAUUCGGCCGCGGCCAUCAUCGACAAUUGCCAGGAAAUCGAGAAUGAAUUAGUUGUACUCGAAAAUGACCACGCAACGCUUCUGGCGCAGAACCCAAGCAUGGUCGAUUCCGUGAACGCCGCAGCCAUCGCGCUUCGAGCAGCGCUGGACAAGGUGAAGCCAGUACUCGGGCCUUACACAACGGAAUCGGGUAGAGACACGGCAAAGCGGAUGAUGAAAUCGAUUCGGUGGUCUUUGCAGCAGCAGAGAAUCUUCAGGCGUCACCUGCCAGAGUUGCAUGAGAAAGCCAGGAACGUGGCACAACACAUCUGCAUUUUGGAGAAGUUGGCCGAGGAUGCAAAAUUACUUGCUCGGGCUGCCGCAAUGCAGCGUCAGAAGGAGGAAGAGGACAAGAAUGAGGAGGAAGGCUUUAGACGUCUUACCGCGGCCAUGGGUCACUAA